AUGGGGGAUGUGUUUAAUACCAAAGAACAAUACAAAAUUGAUCCUUCACUUUUUACCGUCUUUUCACUUGAUUACCUAGGAGGAUGUUUUGUAAUUUCAUCUAUGAAUCUACAAGUUUUCUUUCUCCAUUUCGUUUUUUUUUCAUUUUUAUCCUUUCAGCCUUCUUUCUCAAUUUCAUCUUUUUCCUUUUAUUCUUUCAGCCGUCUUUCUCCAUUUCGUCUUUUUCAUUUUUAUUCUUUCAGCCUUCUUUCUCAAUUUCAUCAUUUCCUUUUUAUUCUUUCAGUCUUCUUUCUCCAUUUCGUCUCCGUCUUUCACAAUUUCAUCCCUUUUUGUUCUUUCAGUCUUUUUUCCAUUUCGUCUUUUUUCAUUUUUAUUCUUUCAGCCUUCCUUCUCAGUUUCAUCAUUUUUUUUUUUAGUCUUCCAGUCUUUUCUCCAUUUUUGUCUUUUUUUUUUUUUUUUUUUUUUCUUUCAUUUUUUCUCCUUUUUUGUCUUUUUUUCUUUUAUUCUUUCAUUUUUUUUUCUUCAUUUUGCUUCUUCAUUAUUAUUUUUUUCACUCUUACUUUCAUUACCAUAUUUUUCGAUAUGCUCCUUUUUAUCUUUCUGUCUCUGUUUUUCUACUUUUUCUUUUUUAUAUCGCUCCUUGCUAGGACCUUCAUUUUUACACCCCAUUCUUUCAUUCUUUUCUAUUUCUUCAUUUCCCUAUUUACUUUUAUUGCCUCUCGUGAAAUUAACAAAAUAAAAUUCUGCUUCCUUCCAUGA